CGUGACGUCACAGUCGUCACAGUAAACUCGUGAUCAGUUGUGUCGAGCUGCGUCGUUGUAUUUUGCGUCAAAUUAGGCCUUUUCUCUUUGCACACCUGCCGUAACUGCCCGUUAAUCGGAUUACCUGCCAUUUUCCACGCACUCUUGAUCGAGAAAAGACACCAAUCAGGUGAGAACCGUGGCGAGACUCGUCAAUUUCGGCCAGAAAGUUCGCCACCAUUACAACGGCGAACGUCCAGGGUCGCGCUGAAAACUCGCUCUUGGCUACAUUUACUGCUGUCUGACGAGAAAUGGCAACGCGCAAGAAAGUGCUGCUGAAGGUGAUCAUCCUGGGCGACUCGGGCGUCGGGAAGACGUCGCUGAUGAACCAGUACGUCAAUAAAAAGUUCUCCAACCAGUACAAAGCGACCAUAGGUGCCGAUUUCCUUACCAAAGAGGUCAUGGUCGACGAUAGGAUAGUUACCAUGCAGAUCUGGGACACUGCUGGACAGGAGAGAUUCCAAAGUUUAGGGGUGGCUUUUUACCGAGGAGCCGACUGCUGCGUCCUCGUGUUCGACGUCACGGCACCCAACACCUUCAAGAGUCUCGAUAGCUGGCGGGAUGAAUUCCUCAUCCAGGCUUCCCCGAGGGACCCCGAAAACUUCCCUUUUGUCGUUUUAGGCAAUAAGGUUGACCUUGAGAACAGAGUGGUUUCGGCAAAGAGGGCGCAGCAGUGGUGUGCCAGCAAAAACAACAUCCCCUUCUUUGAAACGAGUGCCAAAGAGGCAAUCAACGUGGAACAGGCCUUCCAGACCAUUGCAAGGAACGCUUUGGCUCAGGAGAGUGAAGUGGAGCUUUACAGCGAGUUUCCCGACCAGAUAAGACUCGGCGAAGGACAGCGCGGAUCCCGAGGAGCAGGAGACAACUGCUCAUGCUAACCACUCAGGUGGUCCAGUGAGAUUACAACUAUCAAAGAUGAGAAUAUCAGCAGUACCAAGAGGCCUGCUCAGCUUUUUCAUUCCACUGGCUUGUUCCAUCAUGUCUUGCGCCUUUUAACCUUCUCUUUUUAACCUGCUCUCAUUGUGCAACAAUCAUCGAAGAAAUCGCGCAGUGACUCGGAAAAACUCAUUGAUUGGCUUUGAGAUUUUGAAUUCUUUCGCAAAGCUAUUUUAUGAAAUGGUUGUUCGCGAGCCACCAAUUAUUGGCAAAUUUCUGUUGUCAGACUCAAUGUAAAUAAUAAUACGUGUACGGAUUUUGGCACCGCAAUUGAGAGAAUUUUUAUGCUUUUUUACGUGUGAAUGCCUGCGGAUGAACCAUUUUUCAGCUUUUUCUUUUGGCCAAUCUGAAAAAUUGUUCCUGGCAAGCAUUUUGUUUGUACAAACCAAAUUAUCCAGCGAUUCUUGUCGACUGCAAUAUCAGGCUGCUCUUGAAUUUAAGUCUUUAUUUUUUCUUUCGAACUAAUUCCAACUUAAGCCUCAUCAUCUUGUAGUUCUCUAAAUAAAAAGAAUACUAAUCCAGCUGUCCUUGCCAACAGCCUAUGUCACAUUUUGUAUGGAUGCAAUACACACCAUUUCGAUUUCACUUGCCGCGAGUGGCAAUUUUAAUUUAUGGGUCGUGAGAAGCGAUUGAUGAUCGGAAGUGAUGCAAUUUGUAUAACUAUCCAGCAUAGUUUGCCGAUAAUUGUGAUUAACUAUAGUAGAGUCUUUAAAAAAUCACAUAAAAUACUUUUGAAUUUUAAUUUUUCAGCCGUGUGCUUUUCAAGAUUCCAUCUCUUCUUUAGUCCUCACCAAAAAAAGAGGAAACCAAAGCAUCGUUGUAGUUUUUCUCGCCUUUCAUGACAAAAGAACAAUUCAAAAAGCCUGUUCAACGAAUGGGAUGCAGUUUGUUGAAGAGCUUGUCACCACUGAUAAGCAGCUGAAUUCAUUUGUUGAAACUCACUAAAGCAUAGAUAGGCUGAUUACUUUAGUUUGAAAUCAAUUAUAUGUCUUUGCUUUGGACCAGUUCACAAUCAUUGUGAGAUCUCCCAUGCCAGAUUCGCGUUUGGUCCGCAUUGAUCGAUGCUGUUGAAAAAAAGUAACAAGAGAUAGAGAUGAAUUAUAUUAUGAUUAUAUUAUAUUAAAUUAUCUUACUAUGGAGUUAUGAUGAUUACAUAUUAUUUACAAAUAAACUGAUGGUAAUUUCACAAUA